AUGGCUACUGGUAGCUCUAGAGCUAUUGCUGGAAGGCCUAAAUGUGGUGUUUGGAAGUACUUCAGUUUCUGUGAAGAUACCAACAAGUGUACAUGCUUAAUUGAUGUCUCUGUAGAAGGUGAAGAAGAGAAGAUUUGCCAAAAGACAUUUAAGGGAAAAUACCCCACCAAUAUGAAGAAGCAUUUAAAAUCCUGUCAUCCCAAGUACUAUAAAGUGCUUGAAUCAGAGGAAACAGCCAAAAAGAUUGCUACAUCUCAUUCAAUCCCAGAGAAUCAAUCAAUGCUCAAGCAAUCGAAGUUACUUGACUGUCUCGAAAACAAGAAGUAUGACCCUAAAUCAAAGAAGUAUGAAGCACUGACACAGAGAUUGGCUCUGUUCGUUGGGGCUACUAGUGUACCAUUGAGUUUAGUUGAUAACGAAGAAUUUAGGGAGCUACUUACUGAGCUUGAUCCAAGGUAUCAAGUACCACAUCGACAGAAACUAGGCAAGGAGAUCGAAAAAAUAUAUCUGGAGCUAAGAAAUAAGCUGUCUGUUAGCAUGCGAGAUGCGAGAAAACUCAGUUUGUGUGCAGACGUGUGGAGUAAGCAAGGCAUGACAGCUUCAUUCUUAGGAAUAACGUGCCACUACUUUAAUCAUACUGACAUGAAGUGUCACAGUAUCACUCUUGCUGUAAAAAGGUUCCCUUCACCACACACAGCCACUAGAGUCUUGGAAGUAUUUGAAUCUGUGAUAGAAGAUUGGAAGUUAUCGGUUUCUAAAAUAUUCCGUGUUCUCACAGACAACGGUAGCAAUAUGUUGGCUGCCUUUAGAAAUGAAGAUGAGGAUGGCAAUGUGGACAUUGAAGAUAUUUCUGGCAUGAUUGACAUCGUUGAAGAAGACGAUAUACCUGAUGGUGACGACAACCCUGAUGACGAAGCAGUUAUUAUGGAAACCGACCAACAAGAUACCAGUGCAAAUAGCAGAAGGGCAAUAGAAGAGUUUGAAGGAUUAGAAGCUGAGCAUCAGUCUGCCUUUCCUAAAUACAGACGUGUCAGCUGCUUUAUACAUACACUACAACUUGUAGUGAAAGUAUUUGAAGUUAAUCCAUCAUACAGUGCUGCUUUAAAAAAAGCCCGUGGUAUUGUUAGUAAGGUAAACAAGUCCACCAAAGCAACUGAAAAACUCACUUCAAAGGCAAAUAAGAAACUUAUUAGUGAUUGUAAGACCAGAUGGGAUAGCACUUAUCUUAUGUUGGAGCGGCUGUUACAUGUAAAAGUGCACCUGGUAGCUGUUUUAGAUGAGCUUGUAUGGGACAGUCUUACUGCAACUCAGUGGAAGAAUUUGGAAGUCAUUCAAGAGUUACUCCAGCCUUUUGCUCAUCAUACCAACAUAGCUAGCACUGAGCAUAGCACAUCUAUUGGAAUGGUGUGCCCAUUGAUUAAAGAGCUUACUAUUCAUCUGGAAGAGAUGGCAGCACAAUAUGCUGGAGUCUCUAUGGUAGCAAAUAAGAUGCUCUCAGAUCUAAAGAGGAGGUUCCAGUUCAUAACAAAUCCAGAAUCACCAGAUUUUGAUCCUCUGUAUGUUACUGCUACUUUCCUUACUGUACCAUACAGAAAGAUAUUAGAAUCCCCUCAACGAUUGCAAGCUGAAAUGUUUCUUACAUCUGAAAUGAAGAAAGUCUCUGAUAUUCUGGAUUGUGAUGAUGUUCAUUCUGAAGAGAAUAAUGACCUAAUCGAUCUUAAUACAACAGUUAUUGAGCCUCCAAGGAAACGCUUUAAGCAUCUUUCAAGAGUUAGUACAUUAUUGGAGGAAAAGGAAAGCAGUGAUGAUACAAGAGCAAGUGCCAGAAAAUCAGCAGAGGAGCUGGAAAUUGAGAAUUACUCUAAUUACAAGCCUAACAAAGAUGAUCUCCAGUCAGACCCUUUUUCCUUUUGGAUGAACCAAAAAAAUGUGUAUCCAAACCUGGCAUUAGUUGCUUGUGACAUUCUAGCUACACCGGCUUCGACAGCACCAGUAGAAAGAAUGUUCUCAGUUGCUGGACAAGCAUCAAAAGGCAUAAGGAAUCGACUGGGUGAUCAUAACUUAGAACGAGAAGUUUUUUUGCGUAAAAACAAGAAGUACUUAAUAAAUAAUUAA